AGGUGCGAGACAGCGCCCUUUGCGGUGUGGAGGAGACUUGACCCUGUUGCCGGGAAGAUGGCAGCUGUGGCUGCGGCGGCGGUGACUCUCCCAUCCUCAGCGCCAGCGUCGGCCAUGGCGACAGCCACGUCAGCGGCUCUCGGGGAGGUGGAAGAUGAAGGGCUCUUGGCAUCUCUUUUCCGGGACCGCUUCCCCGAGGCUCAGUGGCGGGAGCGGCCCGACGUGGGCCGCUACCUCCGAGAACUAAGCGGCUCGGGGUUGGAGCGGCUGCGACGCGAGCCUGAACGCCUGGCGGAGGAGCGGGCGCAGCUGCUACAGCAGACUCGCGACUUGGCCUUCGCCAACUACAAGACCUUCAUCCGAGGCGCCGAGUGCACCGAGCGCAUCCACCGCCUCUUCGGCGACGUGGAGGGAUCGCUCGGUCGCCUCCUCGACCGCCUGCCCAGCUUCCAGCAGAGCUGCAGGAACUUUGUGAAGGAAGCUGAGGAGAUCAGCGCCAGCCGCCGGAUGAACACCCUGACUCUCAACCGGCACACAGAAAUCCUGGAAAUUCUGGAGAUUCCUCAACUCAUGGACACCUGUGUCCGGAACAGCUAUUAUGAAGAGGCCCUGGAGCUUGCAGCCUACGUUCACCGCCUAGAAAGGAAAUACUCCGCCAUCCCUGUCAUCCAGGGCAUUGUGAACGAAGUGCGCCAGUCCAUGCAGCUGAUGCUGAGCCAGCUGAUCCAACAACUGAGGACCAAUGUCCAGCUCCCUGCCUGCCUCCGCGUCAUCGGCUACUUGCGGCGCAUGGACGUCUUCACUGAGGCCGAGCUGAGAGUGAAGUUUCUGCAGGCCCGAGACACCUGGCUCCGCUCCAUCCUGACUGCCAUCCCCAGCGAUGAUCCCUACUUCCAUAUCACCAAAACCAUUGAGGCCUGCCGUGUCCACCUGUUCGAUAUCAUUACCCAGUACCGAGCCAUCUUCUCUGAUGAGGACCCCUUGCUGCCCCCUGCUGUGGGUAGGCACACCGUGAACGAGGGUGCCAUCUUCCAUGGCUGGGUGCUGCAGAAAGUUUCCCAGUUCCUGCAAGUGCUGGAGGCCGACCUCUGCCGGGGGGUGGGUGGCCGCCUGGACUCCCUGCUGGGCCAGUGUAUGUACUUCGGGCUGUCCUUCAGCCGUGUUGGGGCCGAUUUCCGGGGACAGUUAGCACCUGUUUUCCAGCGGGUGGCCAUUGCCACUUUCCAGAAGGCAAUUCAGGAAGCAGUGGAGAAAUUCCAGGAUGAAAUGAACUCGUAUACUCUCAUCUCGGCCCCAGCCAUCCUGGGCAGCAGUAAUGUGCCUGUUGCUGUGCCAGCCACUCAGCCGGGCACGCUGCAGCCGCCCAUGGUACUCUUGGACUUCCCACCCCUUGCCUGCUUCCUUAACAGUAUUCUGGUCGCCUUCAAUGAUUUGCGUCUCUGCUGCCCUGUGGCCCUGGCACAGAAUGUGACAGGGACGUUGGAGGAUGCCCUUGCCAAGGUGACCAAGAUAAUCCUGGCUUUCCAUCGCGCGGAAGAAGCUGCCUUCAGUAGUGGUGAGCAGGAGCUCUUUGUCCAGUUCUGCACUGUCUUCCUGGAGGACCUUGUUCCGUAUUUAAAUCGCUGCCUUCAAGUCCUUUUCCCACCAGCUCAGAUAGCACAGAUUUUAGGCAUUCCACCCACUCAGCUCUCCAAGUACGGCAACCUUGGGCAUGUGAACCUCGAUGUCGUCCAGGAGCCUCUUGCCUUCAUCCUGCCUAAGAGAGAUACGGUCUCUCUAGAUGACCAGGUGCUAGUGCCUGAGCUUACAGCCCCGGCACUACAGCUGCCGGCGGCGGAGCCGAGCCUGGCGCCCCCAACUGUAGCCUGCCCUGAGGCCGGGCCGGUGGAGGAGCCCUCGGAGCUUCCCCAGGAGCCGGCGGAAGCCGGGCUGGACCCGAGAGGAGAGCAGGUGGUGUGGCAGGCAAGCGGCUGGACCGCCCGUAUCAUCCAGCAUGAGAUGGACCACUUGCAGGGCUGCUUGUUCAUUGACAAAAUGGACACCAGGACCUUUACCAAUGUCCAAUGGAUGGAGGUGAAUGACUGAGGCUUUCCUGCAGGGGCUGAGGAUCUGGAAAACCAAGGUACAAACACCACUUAAGCUUGAGCUGGGCACAUGUUGGCCUCAACCUGGUACUGGCUCUGAUUUGACUAGAAACGGUAACCUGCUAAUGCACGCUGAACCCAGCCAGAGAAGAGGCUGGAAAUAACUGCUCCCAAGUCAGCUCUGCACAAAACACUGCCUCCUACAAUGGAAGAGAAAAACACCUCCCUAAAGGAGUGGAUAUUUCCUGAUAAUUCUGCAUGAAAAGAAGUGGGACAUGGAAAUAACCAUUCUGAUUACAAAUGAUCUCACAAGACCUGUGCAGUCUGCUGCCAGUACCAUGAGGGAUCAUGAUAUAGUCCCCCAAAAUAUGAAAGCUUUGUUUGAAAAUGUAGGCAACAUUGGGAUUGCUAUCUCUUGAGUUCUUUUUACAAAGAGCUUGUUGUCUGUCUGAUUUUACCAAGUCCUUGGUUUGCCUUAGACACCAGUUGCUUGUGGAAAUAAAAACACGGGACGGUGUAGUCCCAGUUCAAGGAA